CCCGCAGCAGGACGUAUGGCGGCCCCAGGACAGGGACUACAAAUCCCAGCGUGCUCUGGGCUGAGCAUGGUCCCACUGACGGACGAGGCCUGCUCCAGCCUUCCCCGCCAUCGCAGGCCGAGGAGCGGGGCGGCUGCGGCCAUGCUGCGCCCCAAAGCCCUGACGCAGGUGCUGAGCCAGGCCAACACCGGCGGGGUCCAGAGCACCCUGCUGCUGAACAACGAGGGGUCCUUGCUCGCCUACUCGGGCUACGGGGACACUGAUGCCAGGGUCACCGCGGCCAUCGCCAGCAACAUCUGGGUGGCCUACGACAAGAAUGGGCACCAGGCAUUCAAUGAGGACAACCUCAAAUUCAUCCUCAUGGACUGCAUGGAGGGGCGAGUGGCCAUCACACGGGUUGCAAACCUGCUGCUCUGCAUGUACGCGAAGGAGACAGUUGGAUUUGGGAUGCUGAAGGCCAAGGCGCAGGCGCUGGUCCAGUACCUGGAGGAGCCGCUCACGCAGGUGGCCGCAUCCUGAGCACGGGAGCGGAGGGAGUUCGGAAGUGCCACCGUGCAAAGGCCGUUUGCUUCGGUGCUGUCACUGGUGCGGGUGGGGGGUGAGUGACCCCCCCAGGCAUCCUGGAGCUCAGUCCUACUUUGGUGUGGCCUUUAAAAAUAAGGUGGGGGGAGCAAAAAAGCCGGGGGGGGGGGAGGAGGGAAUAAAAGUGUUUCUGAUGCU